AUUCCUACGGAUUGCUCAUCACUCAAGAACAAACCUAAGCUGUUCUUCAUCCAGGCAUGCCGGGGUUCAAAGGACGACAUUCCUUGUAGCGUCGCUAAGAGAACUGACCACGACUUGGAGGAUGCGAUUCCUCAUCAAGCGGAUCUCCUUAUAUCUCAAUCUACUGUUGAAGAGCACAAAUCCUGGCUGAAUCAUCACAAGGGUUCAUGGUAUAUCCAGACCUUGUGCGACGUUCUUGAGGAGCAUAAGGAUCAGGACUUGCUGCAUGUGCUGACGAUUGUGGGAAACCGGGUGGCUGCAAAUUUCGAGGCGAACAACGAAAAAGGACAAACAGUGAAACAAAUGCCAUCUUUUACUUCCACCCUCAGGAAGCUAUUCUACUUUCCCACUUCUUAGAAUCCCUUCCAGGACGCAAUGUACCAAGUCUUCCCGAUUCCGUACAAAUGACAUAACCCUUUUUUUCUAAAUAAUGUGAUGGAUGAGGAUGGCAUCGAGGGGCACGACCGAAUGUCCCGGGAUCGGAGGUGUAAUGGUAGCACAUCUGAUCGGCAAUCAGGAGGCCUGGGUUCAAGUCCCUGCCUUCCCUGGCUUUCUUUCGUCCUCUCAUGCCGUCCGUCUCCAAUUCCCCCUUCGUAACAAGGACGUAAUUCCUUGAGAACGCCGUGAGUGUUGUUUAUUCGAAGUUUUGCAUGGAUAUUCAUCACAUGUUCGUUGUUAUCACUCAAAUCGGUUGAUUGUUCCUGAUUUGAUCUCCGCGUUGUAUUAUUGGCCAGUUUCAUACCGAGUAUAAAUUUGUCUUUAAUUCUCACUGCAUUUUAUUGCAAUGAGAAUUAAAGACAAAUUAAAAACAAGUGCUUAAGGAUAGCAAUCAGUGAAAGGCGACAGAGAGCUUGGUCUUGGCUUAUUUUGCUUAGAUUCAAUCCAUAGGGUGGGC